GAUGCUCCAAGAAGCUACUAGGGGCCGCGCUCAAGUCCGGGACCCACUCGCAGCGCCCAGCAUCCGCAGGGUCCCAGAGCCGGAAUUUGCUUGCCCAGCGCUCCCCAGGUUGAGGCCAGAGUUCCGCGCAGAACCUUUCCAGUGCCCAGCCCUUGUUUCAGGAGCCCAGGCUGCCCCGUCCCCUCAGUUGUGGCUGCAGGCGUGGGGGCCAUGAGCUGUCUUCUGAACAAUAUGGUCCCGGUGGGGCUGGCUCUACUGGUCUGCGGAGUGCAGGCCUUUUUCCUUCCCAACAGCACUAGCCUGGAGAGGCUGCUGAGCAAGUACCAGCACGCAGAGCCACACUCCCGAGUGCGCAGGGCUAUCCCCAUGUCAGACCGCCAGGAGAUCCUCAUGCUGCACAACAAACUGCGAGGUCAGGUGUAUCCCCCUGCCUCCAACAUGGAGUACAUGACUUGGGAUGAGGAGCUGGAGAGGUCUGCAGCAGCGUGGGCACAGAAGUGUCUGUGGGAGCAUGGGCCUGCCAGCCUUCUGGUGUCCAUCGGGCAGAACCUGGCUGUGCACUGGGGCAGGUACCGCUCUCCUGGGUUCCACGUGCAGUCAUGGUAUGACGAGGUGAAGGACUACACCUACCCGUACCCCCACGAGUGCAACCCGUGGUGCCCCGAGCGGUGUUCAGGGGCCAUGUGCACCCACUACACACAGAUGGUCUGGGCCACCACCAACAAGAUUGGCUGUGCUGUGCACACCUGUCGGAGCAUGAACGUCUGGGGCGACAUCUGGGAGAACGCCGUGUAUCUCGUCUGCAAUUAUUCUCCGAAGGGAAACUGGAUCGGCGAGGCCCCCUACAAGCAUGGCCGUCCCUGCUCCCAGUGUCCAUCCAGCUAUGGAGGUAGAUGCCAGAACAACCUGUGCUACCGAGAAGAGCCUUACAAUCAGAAACCAGAGGUGGAUGAGAUAAAUGAAGUGGAAUCGCCCCCUGCUCUCGAGGAAACCCAUGUCUGGGUUCAGCCCAGGGUGGUCAGACCCUCAAAGACCAAGAAGACCCCAGCUGUCAACUUCAUGACCCAAGUGGUCCACUGUGACACCAAGAUGAAGGACUCGUGCAAGGGAUCAACGUGUAACAGGUACCAGUGCCCAGCAGGCUGUCUGAACAACAAGGCGAAGGUCUUUGGCUCUCUGUUUUAUGAAAGUUCUUCCAGCAUAUGCCGAGCCGCUAUCCACUAUGGUGUCAUCGAUGAUCGAGGUGGCCUGGUGGAUGUCACCAGGAAUGGGAUGGUACCCUUCUUUGUCAAAUCUCAGAAAAAUGGCAUGGAGUCCCUGAGCAAAUACAAACCGUCUAGCUCCUUCACUGUGUCGAAAGUGAAAGAUACAGCCGUGGACUGCCACGCCACAGUCGCCCAGCUGUGCCCCUUCAAGAAGCCAGCCACCCACUGCCCGAGAGUUCACUGUCCAGCACGCUGUGGAGAGGAGCCAUCCUAUUGGGCCCCUGUGUAUGGAACCAACAUCUAUGCUGACACUUCCAGCAUCUGUAAGGCCGCUGUGCACGCAGGCGUCAUCGUCGACGAGGUUGGUGGCUACGCAGAUGUGAUGCCCGUGGACAAAAAGAAGAGCUACGUGGGUUCCCUCAGGAACGGGGUGCAGUCAGAGAGCCUGAAUGCUCCUCAGAACGGAAAUGCCUUCCGGAUCUUCGCCGUCAGGCAGUGAAUUUAGCGACCUGGGGAGAAGGGGGUGUCAUCUACUGGGAUUCGGGGUCCUGCUUUUUAUCUGUAUUUUGUCCUUUGGGGUGGGGGGGUUACAGAGAGUCAGGAAUCUUCCUUUUGGUGUCUUGGAAUGUCCUGGGCCUCCAUGGCCUUUGGCGAGGGUGACAGAGCACGUUCCCCUCAUGAGCAGUGUGUCGUGGAGUCUCUUGGCUGGACAACCAGUGCCCAGAGUGGCCAGAGUCUUCUAGUCCCCAUCCAGUGGCUCACCUCCUCUCAGGAGCUGCUUACGGAGACACUCCUUGCCAUGUUUUCUUUGAUGGUGGAGGGGGAAAGCUUUUGAAUCCUCGAGGAUACAGGUUUGAGAUGUGUCAUGAAUGGAGUUCUUGUCUGGAUGACAAGAGUUGACAGCCCUAUAAGGUUACAGUCUGUCCCACCAACAGAGAAACAGAGUCUGUGUUUGCUGGUCAGACAGAUGGGCUACGGGGAGAAGCCCUGGGCAAAACCUGGGCUCUGCCCUGUUGGUAUCCAUGUCCAUGUCCCCAGCCUUCUCGGCAGUCACGUGCUUUUGUGUCCAGCAGAGCUGGUCUAUUUAAAGUUGGCAGCACUCCAGAGAUUUACCUUGUCUUUGUCCUUGUCUGUGUGGCCUGUUCUCACAUGACCUUUGGUCUCAUGGAGGACCAAUGCCUUCCUCACCGUUCUGUGACCCUGUGGCUUCUGCCCCACCUCAGGCAGCUCUAGGUGUCCUCCUCUGGGGUUUGGCUUUGCAGGAGGCUCCAGGUCUUAGAUGUCUGCUCGCUCCUUAGAACAAAGGCUGUCUCACGGCUGCCGUCAGAGUGGCAACUCAACGUCGCGUUCCCCCUGGUUUGGGUGACCUAGUUUUCAGCUGUGUGAGGAAUGGGUCCCUGGCACAUUCCUCGUGGGGGUUAAUGGAGUGGCCUGUGGUUGUAAAACCACCCAUGACACACCAGCCACCAGAAAGAGGGGCUGGGACACACAGGAAGAACCCCUCAGUGCUUGCCAGCGUCCCCGGGCUCCAAGAGUGUGGUGAGCCCUGGCUUCCAUCACUUAGGAUCCUGGUCCAAACCCACUGUAAAAUGAAACAUGCUUUUGUAAACAGCUUACUCUAGAGAAGGUGGAAUCCCACCCCAGUCCUGGGGAUGAGGCAAAUUUGCCUGGGAGCGCUGACCUCAGGCAGGGUUUCAUGCUCCAGCCAAAUAUUUCUUAGACGCAAAGGGGGGUGGGUAGGAAUGGUGGCUUGGUGGUUGACAGCUCUUGUUGCUCUGCCUGAGGACCUGAGCUCAGUUCCCACCUCUCAUGGGCUGUUCAUACCCACCCAUCACUAACUCUAGGACAUCUAUGGCCUCCACAGGCACCGCACACAUCCACAUGGGCAAAGUACAACUGGUUCUUUAAAAAACCAAAACCAAAAAAAAACAAAAACAAAAAAAACCAAAUCAGAAAUGUAAGGGAGUCUGAACAAAGCCCUCCCCCCAGGGAGCCAUAUGAACCUAGUUGGGUUAAAUGUUUAUUUGUUUGAGACAGUUUCAUUAUGUAGUCCAGGCUGGCCUUGACUCAUUAUGUAGCCCAGGCUGGCCUCCUGAGUGCUAAGAUAGCUUUCCCCAGAUCCAUCCCUUCCGGGGAGUUUACGAAAAGCACACAACCUUGAACCAGCUCUAGCUAGCCGUUCACUGGGCUGUUUCUGCCUCGUGUGUGUGGGUGUGGUGUCUUUGAAGGCAUAAACUCUUCCACUCCAGAUGUUGGAACACAUCUGCUCAGUCUGUGGAAGGGGACUUCUGGUUGCUACCAAACAUCUGAGAAACUUCCCCAUGCAAGGAGGGCUGUGGGACCCUUCAUCCAGCCCGCAGGGCAAGGUCGAGAUGGUAAGGAAAACUAUACCCCUCCUGUUAGAAUGAGCAACCAGUCCCAUCUCCAGGGAACUUGCUGUGUGAGUCUGUACUGGGGUCCUCGGUGCUCCCUAGCUGCUCUUCCACCAGGCACAGAGGCCUCACUCAGAGCCUGGCCUAGCAGCCUCCGAUCACCUUCAUCAAUAGUUUGAAACUGGAAACCCUUCACUCUGGAAAGAAAAGAAACAAAACCACAAAUGACAAGACCUUACAUCAGAGCCUCUCUGACCCCGUGUGUGUCCGUCAGCUCUCCCAAGUUUAAAGUGGCCACGCCCACACCAGCUGCAUUCCCCACUCCUGCGUCCUGCGUCCUGGUCCAGUGAUAAUUUCCAUCUGCUUCCGAGCUGUGCCCGGUCUGUUCAGAGGGGUGUGCCGACUCUCCAUGAUCUGUAGGCUCUCUCGGCCCGCAGUUUACUGUGUGCUUUUUUCUAUGAAAAAUGAUAUAUUUUACAACUUCCUAUGUACAAAAGUUUAUUGUAAGUUUUUGUGCUUCGCAUGAAUAGGGCCACACUGGUUGUUGCUAUGGUUUCAAUAAAACGGAUUUGGUUUCU